AUCGGAGUUUCCUGAAGGAUUUUUCACACCGCAGGAGAGGAAGGAUGGAGGAAUUGUUAUCUACUUCAUAAUUAUACUGUACAUGUUUUUGGCCGUGUCCAUUGUGUGCGAUGAUUACUUCCUACCUUCCCUAGAGAUCAUCAGUGAAUGCCUUGGCCUCUCACAGGAUGUAGCUGGAGCAACUUUUAUGGCUGCUGGAAGCUCUGCUCCAGAGCUUGUCACUGCUUUUCUAGGAGCUUUUGUGACAAAGGGAGAUAUCGGUGUCAGCACCAUCCUUGGAUCAGCAAUAUAUAAUCUUCUUGGUAUUUCUGCAGCUUGUGGGCUGUUUUCCAGUGUGGUUUCGAGGCUAUCCUGUUGGCCGCUGUUCAGAGACUGUCUGGCAUACACCAUCAGUGCAGCAGCAGUCCUUGCGAUGAUAUCUGACAACAGAAUUUACUGGUAUGAAAGUGCAUCCCUAUUAUUGAUAUAUGGGUGUUAUAUUCUAGUACUGUGUUUUGACAUUAAAAUCAACCAAUACCUCAUGAAGAAGUUCAGUCCCUGCUGUACGUGUUUGACAAAAGCUAUGGAAGAGAACGCGGAGCAGCAGCCUCUGGUUGGAUGGAGGGACGAGAGUGGACCUCUAAUUCGUCAACAGUCAAGAACAGACAGCGGAAUUUUUCAAGAUGAGCUGGACUACUCUCAACUUUCAACAAGCUUACACGGGCUUGAUGAAAUCUCUGAAGAUCAUCCAAAUGUCUUCACCAUGCCUGAAGCAGAUAUGAAGAGAAUUUUGUGGGUGUUAUCCCUUCCUAUUAUCACACUACUCUAUUUAACUAUACCAGAUUGCAGAAGACCGUUUUGGAGGAACUGGUUCAUGGUGACAUUUUUAAUUUCAGCAGUAUGGAUUUCUGCAAUAACUUAUGUUCUUGUAUGGAUGGUAACAAUAGCAGGGGAAACGCUGGGAAUCCCAGAGUCAGUCAUGGGUCUCACAUUACUUGCAGCAGGAACAAGUGUACCAGACACAGUUGCAAGUGUGCUGGUGGCUCGAAAAGGUAAUGGAGAUAUGGCUAUGUCUAACAUUGUAGGAUCCAAUGUAUUUGAUAUGCUCUGUUUGGGAAUACCCUGGUUUAUAAAAACUGCCUUCAUAAAUACAUCAGGACCCAUAGAAGUGAACAGCAAUGGUCUGACAUACACAGCCAUUUCUCUUAUCUGCUCUGUUGGUUUUAUUUUUCUGGCAGUUCACCUGAAUGGCUGGAAAAUAGAUAAAAAAUUGGGAACAAUUUGUCUUGUCCUGUACUUAGUAUUUACUGUAUUAUCAAUUUUAUAUGAACUUGGCAUCAUAGGAAACAAUCCUACAAGGGUCUGUGGUAACUAGUUUUAAUCAGUGAUUAUGCUGAUGAAAAAAAUAAAAGCAGAAGAAAAAGA